GAUGCUCCCAGAAUGUCUACCUCAGAUUCCACGAUCUAAAACCAAAAACCUCUCUCUCUCUCUCUCUCUUUUGAUGAUGAGUAGAGGAUAGGAAAGAUAACGAAGAAGCUAACAAUGGCUGCUUUCUCUCUCUACUCGCCCUCUUUCCCUCCAAAUUGCACCAAAUUCAGAACCCAACCUGGGCACCCAAGACCUCUGUCUUUAACGUUUCCGCGCUCUCGAGUUAUAUGUUCCUCUUCCAAGGACGAUAAUCUUGGCGAUAACUUCUCCAGUAAUUUCUGCAUCAUAGAAGGACCAGAGACUGUUCAGGACUUUGUUCAAAUGCAACUACAGGAAAUCCAGGAAAAUAUUAAGAGCAGGCGGAACAAAAUUUUUCUUCUUAUGGAAGAGGUGAGGAGAUUAAGAGUACAGCAGCGCAUUAAGAUCAUCAAUGAAGUUGAUGAGGACGACAUUGAAGAGGCAUAUGAGAUGCCUGAUAUUCCUUCAUCUAUUCCUUUUCUCCCUUAUGUGACACCAAAGACAUUGAAGCAGCUUUACUUGACCAGUUUAUCGUUUGUAUCUGGUAUAAUUGUGUUUGGAGGACUUAUUGCACCAACUUUAGAACUAAAACUAGGUUUAGGAGGCACCUCAUAUGAAGAUUUCAUUCGCAGUAUGCACUUGCCUAUGCAAUUGAGUCAGGUCGAUCCAAUUGUAGCAUCCUUUUCAGGUGGGGCUGUGGGUGUCAUUUCAGCCCUGAUGUUAAUCGAAGCCAACAAUGUUGAACAACAAGAGAAGAAAAGAUGCAAAUAUUGCCAUGGAACUGGAUACUUGGCCUGUGCUAGAUGUUCAGCAAGUGGUGUGUGCUUGAAAGUUGACCCCAUAUUGAUAUCUAACAUAUCUGACCGCCCUCUGAGAGUGCCGGCAACUCAAAGGUGUCUAAAUUGCUCUGGUGCAGGAAAGGUUAUGUGCCCUACCUGCCUGUGCACUGGAAUGGUAAUGGCAAGUGAACAUGACCCCCGGAUAGACCCUUUUGACUAAACAAGCCCAAUUACUUUGCACUGUGAGCUCUUCUUUAAAGUGUAACUUUUCUCUUUUUGUUGAUGUAGUAGCUCUAUCAAUGUACAUUUUUAUGUGCCCUACUGCCCUUCUCACUCCAAACAGACAAAGAACAUUGGAUCUUGGAUGUAAAACCAGAAAAGUAAAAAGCGCUUUUUUAGUAUAGAAAUCAAAUCAAUGUAUUUUUUUUAGUACUAUAUAAUGAUUUUGUUACAUGGAAUAUAUUGUUUUUCUUUCCUUGUGAUAUGGAAAGAGAAAUAAUGAAAGAUAGAAAAUAAAGGAGAUAGAAAGGGAUUCAUGUU